AUGACAACACUACCUUGCGGACCAUGGAAAGAAGUGGCAGUAGAUUUUGCCGGUCCAUUUCCGAUGGGAGAAUACUUGCUAGUAGUGGUAGAUGAGUAUAGUAGGUUUCCAGAGAUAGAGCUGGUGACAAGUACAUCUUCGAAGGCCACAAUUCCUAAACUAGAUAGCAUAUUUGCCAGGCAAGGUAUACCAGGUACAGUGAAAACCGACAACGGACCACCGUUUAAUGGUGCAGAAUUCUCAUCGUUUGCAGAAGAGUUGGGAUUUCAUCAUCGACGUAUUACACCGUUGUGGCUACAGGCAAAUGGAGAAGCUGAACGAUUCAUGAGAACACUAAAUAAGACAAUCCGAGUGUCUAACAUCGAAGGUCGAAAUUGGAAGCGCGAUUUAGUUCGAUUUCUUCGUCGAUAUCGAGCGACGCCGCACUCGAGCAUUGGGGUGUCACCAGCAGAAGCCCUUAACAACCGAAAGAUGAAGAUACAACUACCAGAAACUAACCUUCAGGGAGACAGGGAAGCUCGAGAUAUUCGUGCAGUCGAUAAGCGGAGGAAGGACAAGAUGAAGUCCUAUGCUGACUACUAA